AUGGAAGAUACCUUGGCAAAUGAGGAUGCGGAUUAUGCUGCCUACAUUACUAGCCAGAGAUAUUUACAACGGCGUCAGACUGUGCCCGCCACUCUGAAAAUGGGCAACAAUCAGGCGGAAAAUAAAUCGAUCGCUGAAUCGUUGAAGAAGAUAUGGAAGGACUGUUUCUCAAAAAAAGAUCAAACUAAAAAAGAGGCGAAGAAGCUGGAAAAAGAAAACGAACAUUCUCACGACUCACCGCGAGCAUUGGCAAAGCGGAUGAAAAUACGACAGUCAUCAGCAUCUGAGGAAGACAUACUCCAUUUUGCUGUCUCUAGAGACGAUAUCAAAGCAGCGAAAAAUAUUCUUGAGAAUGGCAAAGUCGAAAUCAACGCGAUGCGCCCACCAGGCGUAUCACCACUACACCAGGCGUGUGCCACGGGAAGUUUAGAAUGCAUAGAUCUGCUUCUACGCCACGGUGCCUCAGUCGAACUGAAAACAUGGCAAGGGCAAUCGGCGUUGCAGGUGGCGGCGAGGUAUGGGCAUUUCGAGGUGGCGGAGCUACUAUUGCAAAACGGUGCAAAUAUGGACGACAUCAAAGAUGGGUUUUGA